GCUCAGUCCAUGACCACCACUCAUCGACAGAUAUCUCUUGAUCUCUCCAUCUUCGUUUUUCAAGGCUCAAAAAAACAGAAAAAAGAAGCAACAUGAAGAGCUUCACCCUGAGAUCUCAGUUUUACACCCCAACUCACAUUAAUCUCAUCGCCAAUAACCCUUCGUUUCUCGUCUCCUCCAAAACGAAAUCACCAUCUCUCUUAAUCAAAAAACCAAAGUCCUCAUCACAAAUCACUAAAUCCCCUUCAAGAAUUAAACUUUCUAAUAGACCCCUGUUGAUUGAAUCAGAAACAGUCAAAAUCACAGAAAAACCCAACGACUCGUCUUCAAUUGAGAAGUUAUCUGGAGAUGAAGAACUUCACCUCUUAGACUUAUCAGCAGAAACAGAGAUAUUCAUCCCGUUUGGCGACAAUUCGAGGUAUGUGAUAGUAGGAGCUGUGUCCCUAGGGUUCAUGAUGCUUCUUAUGGGUUCCGAUAACCACCAAACGGCAUUAGCUUUUGGGCCAGAAGGGCCAUUGAUGGAAGAUUUUUGGGAUAAUAUGAGAAGAUAUGGGCUUUAUGCAUUGACUGUGAGUACUGGUGUUCUAUAUGCAGUUUUUCAGCCUCUUUAUGAGUUAUUGAAGAACCCCAUUUCAGCCAUUCUUGUUUUGACAAUUCUUGGAGGUGGAUUUUACAUUGUUACUCAAGUGGUUUCUGCCAUGAUUGGUAUCAACGAGUUUAGUUAUGAUUAUUAUUACUAGUCCAAUGCCCAUGACGAUGGUAAUCAUGAACAUGGUUAAUCUAUAGUGAUUUUGUUGGGUAAUAGCAAAUUACGAUAGUUUUGAUCUGUUUCUUGUGUAAUGUAUAAUGUAAGAUGAUAAUAGUUGGGCAUACUUAUCACCUUAUCCGUGAA